AUGAAGUGGCAGUAUAAAGAUCAGCAACCUUUCGACAAACGGAAACAAGAAGGCGAGAAGAUACGACGAAAAUACCCGGAUCGAGUUCCUGUUAUUGUUGAAAAAGCUCCCAAGGCACAUAUUGGAGAUUUGGACAAGAAAAAAUAUUUGGUUCCUUCUGAUCUGACUCUUGGACAGUUUUAUUUUCUAAUUCGGAAACGUAUCCAGCUGAAACCCGAAGACGCGUUGUUCUUUUUUGUGAACAAUGUGAUCCCUCCAACUUCUGCGACGAUGGGAACAUUAUAUCAGGAACAUCGUGAUGAAGAUUACUUCCUGUAUAUCGCAUAUAGUGACGAGAGCGUUUACGGGAGAUACACAAUAUGA